UGUGUUCUAAAACACACCCGUCUCCGUACCGAAUAACAGCGUAGGCCACCCUUUACUACGAUACGAGACACGUGUGUUACUAGUCUGUUAUUACCUGAUUUUGAAGUUAUUAUUUUAGUUAGUUAUUCGUUUUUUUUAUCAAGUCAAAAUCGCACUUUGCGGCGACAGCUUCACCAGUACUGUCUGGGAUUGUCCCAAGACAAGAGACCAUGAUCCCCAUGAAUACAAUACUGCGAUCCCUGGCCCGUCUGCCAUUGAGGAGACCGUUGGCACUUAUGACGAGGAACUUAGAAGUUGGAUGUCCCAUGGCAACUCACACACAGAGGAACGUGGAGUUAACUCCUUUAGAGCAGAGGAAACUUACGUUCGACUCACAUGCCGUGGUCAAGGACCUGGUGAUAAGUGGCUUUGAAAAGAACCAAGCUGAGAUCAUCGUGUCGGCUCUGGUGACUCUGGCCACCGCAAACUUGGACAUCGUCUACAAGGACAUGGUGACGUCAUCGCAUCAGGAGGUGGCGCUCCAGCAGAUCCUGGCUCACCUGGACGCCGUCAGGAAGGACAUGGUGAUCUUGGAGAAGAGCGAGUUUGCCAACCUGCGCUCUGAAAACGAGAAAAUGAAGAGAGAGCUGAAUCAGCUGAAGUCCAGCUUGACGGAGGAGAGCCAGAGGGUCCGAGCAGAGGCCAAGCUGGACAUCAACCUGGAGAGAAGCAGGGUCUCAGACAUGUUUACUGAACAGGAGAAAAAGCUGUUGGAAGCCAACACAGAGUUUCACAGGAAGAAAGCAGACCUUGACCACGACGCCAUGGAGACCAACAAGAAGAUCGACCUCGAUGUAGCCUCGCUAAAAACCCUGCUGGAGUCUCUGAAACUCGAGACCGUGCGCUACCUUGCAGCGUCUGUGUUUUCUUGUCUGACCAUCGCAUUGGGCUUCUACUGGCUAUGGAAGUGAAGAGGACUACCUAUACAAGUCUCCAGAAGUAUUUGUUUGAAGAUUGUUUUAAAUCAAGAGCAUUAAUUUAUAAUUGGGAUGCGUCACCAUUUUAUCAUUGAAAUACAUAUUUGUUGCGUGUCAUUUAUUGAAGUUCUAUUGUAUAAGCUAAUCAAAAUGUAUAUUUCCAUUGUACCUCUGUUCAAAGAUAGCCUUUGACCAAGAUCAACUGUCACCAAGUGAUUCAUGUUCAGUAAAACCUUUUCCUGAAAACA